CAUUGACGUGCCCAAGCGGCCACACUCUCAUCAUGUUCAACGCACUAAAAGACCAGGCAGUGCAAAUCGAUACGAAACUUAAAACCUUACGCAAACAGUGCACCACAUUCGCGAUCGGGUACAUCGAAAAGGACGAGUCGAAGCAGCAUUCCGUGCGGAAAACGAUAACGGCUACCCGAAGCGAAUUGCGUGACUGUACGGCGGACUGUGACAGUUUGGUAGAACAAACACAGGCACUUUUUACGCUGUUGACAUUGGCCGAUAAAGCGGCCGACGAAAUAUACGAUUCUGUUAUCAAACUAUAUAACGAGCAAGGUGUAAAGGUGCCCCCAAUCGAGGUAGAUAGCAUACCGGUUGGAUUUCCCGUCCAUCUGCUACCCUUACCGGAACCGGAGGUCACUGCCAAAGUAGAGGAAGAAUCUGAACUGAAGGAGGAAGAGCCCCACAGUAGCGGUAGUGAGUGUGAUUCGGAAGGAUUUAUUUCGGAAAUUUUCAUCACAAGACCGCCCGGUGAGGAAGGGCUUGCACCGGAAACACCGAUGAUAAAAAGUAGAAAAAGGCUAUUUUAA